AUGGUCAACUUCACUAUCGAAGAGGAGGGGUCGGUCAUAUCUGGGAGCUCUUCACUAACUCUGGAUCAGAUCCGGGGUCUCAUGGACCGCCCGUCCAACAUCCGUAACAUGUCCGUCAUUGCUCACGUCGAUCACGGAAAGUCUACUUUGACUGAUUCCCUCGUCUCGCGUGCCGGUAUCAUUUCGGCCGCUAAGGCCGGUGACCAGCGUUUCAUGGACACACGUAAGGAUGAACAGGAACGUGGUAUCACCAUCAAGUCCACCGCCAUCUCUCUGUACGCCAAGAUGAGCGACGACGAUGUCAAGGAUAUCCCCCAGAAGUCUGACGGUAACGAGUUCUUGAUCAACUUGAUCGACUCGCCUGGUCACGUUGAUUUCUCAUCUGAAGUCACUGCUGCCCUCCGUGUCACUGAUGGUGCCUUGGUUGUUGUCGACACCGUCGAAGGUGUCUGUGUCCAGACCGAGACCGUGCUUCGCCAGGCCCUUGGUGAGCGUAUCAAGCCUGUCGUCAUCAUCAACAAGGUCGACCGUGCUCUUCUCGAGCUCCAGGUCUCCAAGGAGGACUUGUACCAGUCCUUCUCUCGUACCAUCGAGUCCGUCAACGUCAUCAUCUCCACCUACUUGGACAAGACUCUCGGUGAUGUCCAGGUCUACCCCGAGAAAGGUACCAUUGCUUUCGGUUCCGGUCUUCACGGAUGGGCUUUCACCGUCCGUCAAUUCGCCGUCAGGUACGCCAAGAAGUUCGGUGUCGACCGCAACAAGUUGAUGGAUCGUUUCUGGGGAGAAAACUACUUCAACCCCAAGACCAAGAAGUGGACCAAGUCUGACACAUACGAGGGCAAGACUCUCGAGCGUACCUUCAACAGCUUCAUCCUGGACCCCAUCUUCAAGAUCUUCGCUGCCGUCAACCACUCGAAGAAGGAUGAAGUUGUCACUCUUCUCGAAAAGCUCGAAGUCAAGCUUACCAAGGAAGAACUUGAAUUCGAGGGCAAGCAACUGCUCAAGAUCGCCAUGCGCAACUUCUUGCCUGCUGCUGACGCUCUCCUCGAGAUGUUGGUCAUUCACCUGCCAUCUCCCGUUACUGCCCAAAGGUACCGUGCCGAGACCCUCUACGAAGGUCCUACUGAUGACGAGGCCUGCACUGCUAUCCGUGAAUGUGAUGCCAAGGGUCCUCUCAUGCUGUACGUCUCUAAGAUGGUGCCCACUUCCGAUAAGGGUCGUUUCUACGCUUUCGGUCGUGUUUUCGCUGGUACUGUCAAGUCCGGUCUUAAGGUCCGUAUCCAGGGUCCUAACUACGUCCCUGGUAAGAAGGACGACUUGACCAUCAAGGCUAUCCAGCGUACUAUUCUCAUGAUGGGCCGCUUUGUUGAGCCCAUUGAGGAUGUUCCUGCUGGUAACAUUGUCGGUCUCGUUGGUGUUGAUCAGUUCCUUCUCAAGUCCGGUACUCUCAGUACCUCUGAGACCGCCCACAACCUGAAGGUCAUGAAGUUCUCCGUUUCCCCCGUCGUGCGUCGCUCCGUCGAGGUCAAGAACGCCAGUGAUCUGCCCAAGCUUGUCGAAGGUCUCAAGCGUCUCUCCAAGUCCGACCCUUGUGUCCAGAUCACCAUGUCCGAGUCCGGUGAGCACGUCGUUGCCGGUGCUGGUGAGCUUCACUUGGAAAUUUGCUUGAAGGAUCUCGAGGAGGACCACGCUGGUAUUCCUCUGCGUAUCUCCGACCCUGUCGUGCAAUACCGUGAGACUGUCGGUGCCAAGUCUAGCAUGACUGCCUUGUCCAAAUCCCCCAACAAGCACAACCGUCUGUACGUUGAGGCCGAGCCUCUUAGCGAGGAAGUCUCGCAGGCCAUCGAGUCUGGCAAGAUUACCCCUCGUGACGAUUUCAAGGCCCGUGCUCGUAUCCUUGCCGAUGAGUACGAGUGGGAUGUCACCGAUGCCCGUAAGAUCUGGGCUUUCGGUCCCGACACCACUGGUGCCAACUUGCUUGUUGACCAGACCAAGGCCGUUCAGUACCUGAACGAAAUCAAGGAUUCCGUCGUGUCCGGUUUCCAAUGGGCUACCCGUGAAGGUCCCAUCGCUGAAGAGCCUAUGCGCUCUAUUCGCUUCAACGUCAUGGAUGUGACCCUGCACGCUGAUGCCAUUCACCGUGGUGGUGGCCAGAUUAUCCCCACUGCUCGUCGUGUGCUCUACGCCUCGACUUUGCUUGCCGAGCCUGGUCUGUUGGAACCUAUCUUCAACGUCGAGAUCCAAGUUCCCGAGCAAGCCAUGGGUGGUAUCUACGGUGUGCUCACUCGUCGUCGUGGUCACGUCUACACUGAGGAGCAGCGUGUCGGUACCCCUCUCUUCACCGUCAAGGCUUACAUGCCAGUCAACGAAUCCUUCGGUUUCAACGCCGAUCUCCGUGCCGCCACUGCUGGACAGGCCUUCCCCCAGUCCGUCUUUGACCAUUGGGCCAUCCUCCCCGGUGGAUCUCCUCUUGACUCGACUACCAAGCCUGGUCAAAUCAUUCUCGAGACCCGUAAGCGCAAGGGUCUCAAGGAGGAGGUUCCUGGCUACGAAAACGUAAGUUUACAAUACCUGUACUUUUUAAUAAUGUGUUUGUAUGGUUUGCUAAUAUCUGCCUUUAGUACUACGACAAGCUGUAAAGGCCAUCUCUCAAGUCGGACUGCACCUGCCUUGACAAUCCAUGGCGGGCAGUUGUUACGAUUUACCGAGGAACAAGCCACCGAGGUGAAGAAAUGGGUGGUCAAGAGAUUAGAAGACAUUUCUGACGCCGAUGCCGAUGUCCUGGCCGACUAUGUGCUCGCGCUUAUUCGAUCCGAUGCCCCCGAUGAAGAAAUUCGCCAAGCGUCGAUUGAGAAUUUGGAGGACUUCUUGAAAGAAAAUACUGGUCCAUUUGUCGACGAGAUCUUUGCGAAAUACGGUCCAAAGACCGACGCACCAGCAGCUGCCCCUGCUGCUCCCCAGCAACAGACACAGCCUCAGCCGCAAGCUCAGGGCGUCCCAUCCGUUGCGCCUCAACAGCAGCCUUUUGUAUUUGAGGGGCAACCCCAAGGCUUCGGGCCUCAGGGAAAUGCGCAGGGAGCUUGGAACACCAGCCCACAAAACUCGCGCAAGCGCACGUUCAACGAAGGCUUUCAGCAGGACGACCAGCAUGGCGAUUCGCAACGAGGCGCGAGGUCUCUUAAAACCCCUCGGACACGUCGGGGUGGCGGUCGCGGCGACCACAUGAAUGGAGGGCGAGGCGGCGCGGCGCAGUUUCCACAAGGCAUGCCUGGUUUUGGCGGAAUGCCGCCAGGAUUCCCUGGUUUCGACCAGAACGACCCGAUGGGGGCAAUGAUGGCUAUCCAGAGUAUGGGAUUCCCCCAGAUGCCAGGUAUGCCGCCGAUGCCGAUGCCUGGUCAACCAGGUGGCGAUCAAGCAAAGUCAAAUGAGCCUUGCCCGUUCUACGAAACGAAUGGAAUUUGCUACAUGGGAGCUGCUUGUCCAUACACACAUGGACAGAGCUCGUUUGUGGUUUCUGGGAACAAGGGAAAGGAUGAAUACGAUCCCGCCAACUCUACCAUUUUCGAUACGCAACGCGGCAAAGAUUCCAACAGAGGCUCUGACCGAGGUCGAGGACGAGGUCGUGGCCGUGGCGAUCGUGGUGGCAUGUCUUCAAGAGGCCGUGGAGGACGCCCGGAGUUUUCAGCCGUGGGCCCUACAGACGAUAAAACAAUAACCACUGUUGUCGUCGACAACAUCCCAGAGGACAAGUACAACGAAGACGUGAUUCGAGAGCAUUUCUCCGAGUUUGGAAACAUUACCGAAAUCACCAUGGAAGGAUUCAAAAAGAACCUGUCACUGAUCAAAUUCGAAGAUCACGAGUCAGCUCGUCGGGCCUGGUCUAGCCCCAAGGCUAUAUUUGACAACCGCUUCGUCAAGGUUUACUGGUAUAAGCCAAAGAAGCCCGAGGGUGACGACCAACAGGCGCCCAAAGAGCAAGACACUCCUAUGUUCGACAAAGACGCGUUCGAUGCCAGGCAAGCCGAGGCCCAAAAGGUGCAUGAAGAACGCAUGCAAAAGCGCAAGCAGGCUGAAGAGACUCGCCUCGCGCUUGAGAAGCAGCGCGAAGAACUCAUGAAAAAGCAAGAGGAAGAAAAAGCCAAACUCUUGCAACGCCUUGGAGCUGCAGAAGCCGGAACCGAAGCUAAUGGCAAUGCUGCUGCUAAUGGGGCCGGUGCAGCUGCGGACGGCGAUUCUAGCGACCAGACCAAGUCUCUACGUGCUCAGCUCGCCGCGCUGGAAGCCGAAGCCAAGAGUCUGGGAAUUGACCCGAGUGCUGGUGCCCAGUCGUUCCGAGGUCGCGGUCGAGGUGCGAGCGGAUAUCGUGGCCGUGGCCGUGGUGGCUUUGACCCGUCUUAUCGAGGAUCAUACCGAGGAGCGUAUCGCGGUCGUGGAGCUGGAGCUGGACCAGGACGUGGUGGUGUUCUUAGACUGGACAACCGUCCACGACGAGUGGCCAUUUCAGGCGUGGAAUUGAAUGGCGACAAAGACGAGGCUCUGCGACAAUAUCUCAUUGGCAUCGGUGAAUUCGAAUCAAUCGACCGCAACCCAGACCAACCCGAUUCCAUGGUUGUCACUUUCAAGGAACGCUACAUUGCCGAAAAGCUUAUGUUUGGAACUAGCGAAAUCCCAUCUGUUGGUAAAGUCGAGCUGAAUUGGGUCCCCAACCCUCCGAUCUCUUUCCCAGGAGCAACAACAACAGCAGCAGCAGCGGCUGCUCCUGCUGGUGAGAAGAAUGGCGGUGAUACGGUUAUGGAGAACGUCGAAGGCACCAAUGGCCACGGCCAUGCAGGCGAGGUCGAUUACGAUGUUGCCGAGGACGAAGACAGCUGGGGUAUUGGAAUCUAA